UGGCAGACUGAGCUGUGUCGAUCCUGGGAGGAGACCGGCAGCUGCAGAUACGGAGCCAAGUGCCAGUUUGCUCAUGGCCGCGAGGAGUUGCGCCCCGUGCUGCGCCAUCCCAAGUACAAGACCGAGGUUUGCAGGACCUUCGCGCAGUCGGGGACGUGCCCCUACGGCACUCGCUGCCGCUUCAUUCAUAGC